AUGUCGCCCACGUCGCCGUGUGAGCCGCGACUGCUCUUUGCUGUGCCCAAGAAAGGGCGACUGCACGACAAGAUCCUCAAGCUGCUCCAAGGCGCUGGACUGGACUACCACCGUCCGAAUCGCGUGGACAUUGCGCUGUGCUCGAGUCUCCCGGUCACGCUCGUGUUCUUGCCAGCAGCGGACAUUGCGACGUACGUUGGCCAGGGCAAUCUGGACUUGGGCAUAACUGGCCAAGACAUUAUCGCCGAGAGCAAGACAGAAGUGGAAGAGCUGUUGCAGCUGGGAUUUGGACGCUGUAAGCUCGGUGUCCAGACGCCCGUGAAGGACGGCGUGACGUCGCCGGCCCAGUUGGCGGGCAAGCGCAUUGUCACAUCGUUUCCAGAAGUCACGCGGGACUAUUUCAAGCACUUGGAGACUGCAGAGACCGGUGCGACCAAGAUCAAGUACGUCUCGGGCUCGGUCGAAGCUGCGUGCUCGCUUGGCUUGGCGGAUGGGGUUGUCGACUUGGUCGAGACCGGGACGACGAUGAAAGCAGCGGGUCUGGAACUCAUUUCGACCAUUUUGAACUCAGAGGCAGUGCUGAUUGCCAACCCCCAUUCCCUGCACAAAGAGCUCGUGCACCUCGUGCACCAGCGGAUUCUAGGUUACAUCACGGCGACCAAGUACAAGAUGGUGACGUACAAUGUGGACAAGGAGAAGCUUGAGGCCGCGUCGAAGAUCACACCGGGACGACGAUCGCCGACGGUGAAUGGACUCGUGGGUGGAGGUUUUGCUGUGUCGGCAGCGGUUGAGGUCAAGGAUGUGUCCGAAGUCAUGGACAAGCUGCACGACGUCGGCGCGACGGACAUCAUGAUCUUCAACAUUGAUAACUGCCGCGCGUAG